AUGCCUGACGUUUCACAAAUUCAAACAGGUCAAAAGAAAACCAAGUUAGUUAGAAAACAAAAGGGAGAAAAUCCUUUGAAAUACAAAUUAUGGUUAGGUGGUCAUGUUGCAUGUAUUGUAUUUGGUAGUAUUUCAUUUGUAUUUCAAAUCUUUUGGUUACCAAAUAAAUACUAUAUCAAUUCAAUAUGUUACAGACUUUCAUUACUUGGAUCAAUCAUGGCAUUGGGUUCCACUGUAUCUCAUAAAUUUGGAUUAUACUUACCACCAUCAUCAACUUUAGUAGCUCAACAAAAUUUCCAAUUUGUUAUCCUUGGAAUGUGUUGGCUUUUCACCUUUAAAUCAAUUUUCAAAAUCAUUCCAUUUUUCUUAAUUUCAUUAUUACAAUUAGCUUCACAUAAAAAGAUUAAUGCUAUAGUAAAACAAUCAGAUUUCUUAGCUUCAAUCAUUGCUUUUGAUGAAUUGUUCUUAGUAGCAUACUUAUUAGUUAGAACAUUAUUAUUCAGAGGAACUUCAGGAUUUCAAUUGGUAUUAUUCUUGUUAUUCUACUGGUUAAGAAUUUUAUAUAAUAAAGAUACUAAGAAUUUAUUCGUUUCCAUUAUCAACAGAUUAGAUGGUAAAAUGAAAUCUGUCAAGAACGAAAAGGUAGCGCAUUACUGGGAAAAGACUAAGUUGAUCUUGGAACAAAAGCAAGAUCAAGAUUCUAUUUAG